UUUUUCUUUAGACGACAGAAUAAAUGCUUUAAAAAAAUAUAUACCAUAAAGCAAUUGAUUUGUAUAUUAUUUUUUUAUAUAGAUUCUCAAAAGAAAGACCAUUUCCCAUCUUGGAUAGGAGAGACGAACAGAAAACCCUAAUUCUUGAUGAAUAAAAUUAUUUUUUAAAUUGUAAAAAACAAAUAUUCUCAAACGAUUUGCAAACAUUCAAACCGAAGAUUAAGAUAGGGGCUAUCUUGUUUAAACAUGGCUCUAAAAGAUCAGAGAAUCACUAUUUUAUUAUCUAUGAGGGAAGUUGUGAAGAGAUCAAUUUAUGGGAAAGGAAGCCCAUCUUCCAGCAGCCAACAUUCUUCAACUCCUUCGCCCAAAGUUCAUCAUCACGACUUAAAUUCCAAAUUAAAAUUGAAACAAAUCGAUCCUAACUACAAUGACCCAUCCUACAAUUCCCAUUUAAAUGACCCAUUAAACAAGGUCGAAAUUUAUGACAAAUGUAACGUGAGACAUGAGUCUAAGCCAAAUAAAAGUAGUGACGAUGGAGUUCGCAAAGAAAAUAGUAAUAUAAAUGACAAAAAUUCGACGGAUGACUGUUUGCAACCCGUAUACUUUAAACACGAUGGGAGCCGUUUCGGUAACCCUUUAACGCUCAAACUUAAAAUGAAUAGUUUUUACGAGUUCUUUGUCCUUCUCAAACCGGACCAAUGCAAAUUGGUGGGUGCACAAAUCGAAAACGAGUUCGUUCCCAUUGAGCAAUGUAACGCAAUCAAGAAAGGGAAACUACAAUUUUUGGGAAUCAAUGAAAAAUAUACUGAAGCUAAUCCUAUUUAUUGGAUCCCGUGGAAUACGGAAGGAUAUGAUUCUACAAGAUCUGGGGAUAGAAGAACAAUCCAUUUAGAAUUCCAACGUGUAUGCCCUCUAAUGUGGUGGAUGCAACAGAGCUGCCUUAGAUAUUCCUCAUUUUCAUCUAACUGGAUAUUUUUUAAGAAUUUGGAGUAAAAAUAUCAGGAGUCUUCCUCACGUUUGUAGGCGAGCCGCACAUACAUAUCGAUUCAUUGGGCACAUUCCAGACCGUUUUACAACUAAAAAUAUACCCGGGAAACAGUAAACAACACAUAAAUUGGGGAGAAUCUCUGCAUUACAUCGAAUAUAAUUGUCAGCUGGACUCCAGCCUUGGGAUCAUAAAAAUUAUCUCCCAAAAUACCCACUGAUAUUAUUAUCAUACACUAUUUUAUCGUUUUUUUUAUUUCUUACAAUAAAUGCAAUAAAUCACACCAUUUUUUUAUAGUCAAUUUAAUUAUUAUGUAUUUCUCUACACGAAGAUAUUGCAUAAUAAGCAAAUAAAAUAUUAACUAGUCAAA